AUGAAGUCAAAGAUGCAGAAGUUCUCUCUGGUAAAGAAGAAAGCAGUUACGACCGUCAAAAGAACAGCGAAUUUUAAGAAGAUUCAAGAGAAACGAAAGAAAAAAAGACACACAGAUGAUGCAGAGAUCGAAGCAUUGAGCGAUAAAUUAUGGCCAAAGUUUGGACAGCCUAAGGAGGAAAUCACCCCAGCUACCAUCAAGACAUUCAGUGAUCUGCCCAUCUCAAAAAAGACACUUGAAGGUCUCAAGGUCCACAAUUUCACCACACCAACAGACAUCCAGAGAGAAUCUUUAUUGUUUGGCCUCAAAGGUCAUGACAUUCUGGGAGCUGCCAAAACAGGUUCUGGGAAAACCUUAGCAUUUCUGAUCCCAAUUCUUGAAACCCUUUUCAAGCAGCGAUUCACACCCACAUUUGGAAUGGCAGCAUUAGUGAUCUCACCAACUCGAGAAUUAGCAUACCAGUCUUAUGACGUUCUGAAGAAAAUAGGAAAACUCCAUGACCUAUCCUUUGGACUUGUGACAGGUGGCAUGCCUUUGAAGGAAGAAGCCAAGAAAAUGAAUACAACAAACAUCAUAAUCUGCACUCCUGGCAGACUGUUGCAGCACUUUGAGCAGACUCCAAAUUUUACAGCAGAUGAGCUGAAAAUACUUGUGCUGGAUGAGGCAGACAAAAUUCUUCAUAUGGGUUUCGCAGAGACCAUGAAUGCUAUAAUUGAGGCACUACCAAAACAGAGGCAAACUCUUUUAUUUUCUGCCACUCAAACAAAAUCAGUGAAAGACCUGGCCAGAUUAAGCCUCAAGAAACCUAUCUAUGUUUCUGUGCAUGAAAAAGCCAAGGAAGUGACACCAACAACACUUGACCAGCGCUACAUUGUGUGUGAGAUGCAGGAUAAAAUCAACACAUUGUGGUCUUUCAUCAGAACUCACAGACACAAGAAGAUUCUGGUGUUCCUGUCAUGCUGUAAACAAACACGGUACAUUUAUCAAGUGUUUAAGAAGAUGCACCCAGGGCUAACAAUCCUGUGUCUUCAUGGUCACAUGAAACAACCCCAACGUAUGGAGGUGUACAACAGUUUCUCACGCAAGCAGAAUGCAGUCUUGUUGGCAACAGAUGUGGCAGCCCGAGGCUUAGAUUUUCCUUCAGUGAACUGGGUAGUACAAGUAGAUAAGCCUGAGAAUGUGGACACAUACAUACACAGAGUGGGACGUACAGCCAGAUAUGAUAAGGUUGGAGAAGCUCUGCUCAUGUUGCUGCCAUCAGAAGAGAAGAAAACGGUUGAAGACCUGGUGAAGAGAAAGAUCCCGAUCAUCAAACUCAAAGUCAGCAAGAAACAGAUCUUUGAUAUCACUAAGAAACUGGAGAGUUUGUGCGCCUCAGAGAAGGAGUUUAAGGAUGGUGCUCAGAAAGCUUUCUUGUCUGUGAUGAAAACAAUGUGGGUACUAGACAAGCCAAGCUUUCAGGAAGUUGACCAGGAGGCUUUUGCUGC